CGUGUUCAAUGAGGUGACAGUAAAUUUCACGCCUUUUUUCUUUUUGUUCCAUCUUAAUUCAGAGAGUCAAAUUUUUUGAAAAUUUGAGUUCCCACGGCAGCCCACAGUCCAAAUUCCAAUCCACAGUCCACACCCCCGGCCCCGAAUCCGAUCGAGACCCAUUACCAAAUUCGAAAACAUGUUUCCAAUUCUGAUGCAGAUUCUGCGUCUCCGAUUUCACCACGUUAUCUUCCAUUCUUCCUUCUCCCUUCGGCCCCACCACUUCACUCCCAGCGGUUCAAUCGCCCAAUAGCAACACGAUUCCAAUCCAUGGCCAACCCAAUUGCUUGGAAAAAUCCAACCAGCCUCCAAAAGGUUGCUGUGAUGAAGAAACAGUCAUUGGUACGAAUGGUUGAUUAUAAAUAGAGUGGAGAUUUGAGAGAGGGGCCGAGGCACAGGACAAUCCACAAGAAGCACAUGUUGAGAUUUAUGGUUGUGAGCGAAGGAGGAGAUUUCUGACUCUGUUAUCUCAUCUCUUUUUAUUUUAGGGUUUUUUGCCCAUCUUUCUUUCUUCUCUAUCUUGAGGAACUAGAGGCCAGAAUCUGGGAAUACUUGUUUUCUUCCAUCUGGGUCUCUAAUGGCGAGGUGGGUCUUGUCUGAAUGUGGGGUUAAGCCCCUCCCCAGGAUCUACCCUCUGCCUGUCGAUGUUUUACCGAAUGUUCCGAGAAGCAGUUUUCAUUGAGUUUUACCUUUUCUUGCUUGUUCAAGUAUGGCAGCACUUGUACAAGGUAUGCAAAUUCAUGGUGGAGUUAAAGUAGGUUUUGAAGAGGAUGAUGUUAUUUCAAGCUCUUUAAUUGACAUGCAUAUUCAUAGUGGCUAUAUUCUACCGUUGGUCGAACCCAAGUUUCGUUAUUCAUAGUGGCUACCGUAUUUGUAUGUGCCUCCUACUGAAGAAACUUGUUGGUGCGCAUAGAGCUUCCAUUUCUCUGUAUUCUCAGUUGAUAGACCAAUGUUUAGCACUAAGAUCUGUUCAUAUUGCGAAAACAAUCCACGCUCAGUUGGUAAAGCUUGGCCUUAACAACAAUACUUUUUUGGGCAAUCGCUGUCUUCAGCUAUACGGGUUAUUUGGUCCCGUUCAUGAGGUAUUGAAAGUAUUUCAUGACAUUAAAGAGAAGAAUGUUAUAUCCUGGAACAUAUGCUUGAAGGGCUUGUUUCGAUUUGGUGAUAUUAAAGGUGCAUGCCAGUUGUUUGAUGAAAUGACUGAGAGAGACACUGUUUCAUGGAACUCCAUGAUUUCUGGCUACGUCUCAUCUGGGUUUGGUGAUAGUGCUAUGGCUGUUUUUCUGGAGAUGCAAAAUGCUGGUUUUAGAUCAAGUGAGUAUACCUUUUCCAUUUUGCUGUCACUUGUGUCGUGUACUCGUCAUGGUAAGCAAAUUCAUGGUAGUAUGAUUCGUAGUGGUGUGGAUGUGUCUAGUGUGGUGCUUGGGAAUUCGUUAAUUGAUAUGUAUGGAAAAGUUGGCCUUGUUGAUUAUAUGUUUGCCAUAUUUUUUACAAUGGAAAAGGUGGAUGUUAUUUCUUGGAACUCUUUGAUUUUGGGCUGCCACAGAUCAGGCUUUAGAGUAUUGGCACUAAACCAGUUCUCUCUAAUGAGAACCACUGAGCACUCUCCUGAUGAGUUCACUGUAUCAAUAGUGAUGAGUGUCUGUUGUGGCCUCCAAGCGUUUGAUUUGGGUAAGCAAAUUUUUGCUUUCUGUUUCAAGAUGGGAUUUACUUCUAACAACAUUGUCCUUAGUGCUGCUAUUGACUUGUUUUCCAAAUGCAACAACUUGAAGGAUUCAGUGCAGCUUUUUGAAGAAACCAAUCGAUGGGAUCCAGCUCUUUGUCAUGUCAUGAUCUCAAGCUUUUCCUGGCAUGGUCAUUGGAGGGAUUCUCUAAGGCUUUUUGUUUAUACCUUGAGGGAGAACCUGAGGCCAACUGAGAUUACACUCAGCAGUGUGCUGAGCUCUAUCUCAGUCUUCACACCUGUGGAGUUGGGUAGUCAAAUCCACAAUUUGGUUCUUAAGUUGGGUUUUGAAUCUGACGCCAUUGUCGCUAGUUUGCUAGUAGACAUGUAUGCUAAAGUUGGAUCAGUUGAUAAUGCCAUGAAAGUCUUUACAGAUAUGCCUGUAAGAGAUUUGAUAUCUUGGAACACUAUGAUUAUGGGUCUGGUUAAGAAUGACAAAUACAUUGAGGCCCUUCACACUUUCAAAAGUUUGGUUUUGGAAGGUGUACUGGCAGAUAGGAUAACACUAGCAGGGGUGUUAUUA